AGAGACUUUCUUUAAACGAAAAAUAUCAUAAAAGCAAAAAGUGUCGUCCUUGAGAAGCAUGUGAGGACUGCACAGGCUUAUAUGGGACGGCACUAUACGCACAUGCACUAAACUCUAAAAGCAUUAAACCCAAAGCUAUAAAAUAAGUUCUUCAGAGAUAGGACAUCUGAGACGAGGUUGUAACGCGGUGAACCAGUUUACAAAAUCAAGCGUUCUAAGAACCGGUUUCUGAAUUUGAUGAAGGCAACUCAGUAGAUAUGAAAUAUUUGACAUUUAGAUUUACAGGUAGAGAUUAAUGCAAAGCGCUCAUAUAGUGAAUAUUUUAUUCUUAGAGUGGCAGCUGAUUAUCUGGGAAGUGGAUUGAAAUCAAAGAACAGUUGAGAUACGGAUGGAGACGGUGGUAUGAUUUAGUUUCUCCUCUUUGGUUAAAUUGCUAGUUUUGUUUAUAAUAAAUAUUUUAAUUAUGCGGAAUAUUAUAGACCCGUAAAGAAAAAUUAUAUAUUGGUUACAUUUGUUUCUAUUUAAAUAUAAGAGGAGAACAAAUUGUGGACUACUAGUCAAAUACACAUGUAGUAGCGUGUUCAAUCGGCAAAAUAUGAGGAUUGUUGUGCUGAAGAACACGAAAACGGCGUUUGAAGUGUGAAAGGCAAAGGAUAAAUUUAAAUAAAAUUCGUAAAAUUAAUACCAAUAAAAAUAACAAACGAAAACAGAGUUCAAAGAGAAAAACAAACAAGAAAAAAGGGCAGAAAAAAACUUAUUGGAAAAGAGGCGCCAACACAACCGGAUGUCCACGAUGGGUGAACUCCGACCCCGGGGUUCGCCGACACUGUCGGUGAAGGAGGCCGACGCCGACGGCAGCUUGCCGACGGUUGUGAAAUCUAAACUGGUGUUCGUCGGCGACUGCGCAUGCGGAAAAACCUCGCUGAUAAAGCGGUACAUAUCCGGUGACUUUGUAGAAGAGUACACACCCAGUGCCUUCGACACGUACACAAGCACGUAUGACGUCACAGACACGUACAGCAUCCAGCUCGCUCUCUGGGAUACUUCCGGACAGGACGAGUUCCGGCGGGUGCGACCAAUCUCCUACUCAGACGCUGACAUCAUUCUGCUGUGUUACUCCGUCGGCGACACCGUCUCCCUUGGCAACGUCACGACAAAGUGGUACCCAGAGAUCCGUGAGAACUGCCCCAAGCAGCCUGUGAUCCUGGUGGGAUGCCAGAAGGACCUCCGGGACUCCAGAGCCGGGGAAAGGGGCCAGAGGAGGGAUCCUGCCGUCAACACGUAUGAACAGGGAAUGAAAGCUGCCAAAGCCAUCGAAGCGGUCAUGUUCACAGAGGUGUCCGCAAAGACUUCAAUAAAGAGUGUGCGUGACGUCAUACAAGUUGCCGCCAUGUCGUCUGCCGGAUGUAAAAUUGACCGGAAAAGCGCGACGUUUCGUCGUCGCCGGUCGUCGUUCCGACAUAAACGCUGGAGCGAAAUAGCGGAAGCGCAGCGAACGCUUAGAACAGAAGUGGCCAAAAGCUGUACUGUGAUGUGAACAUGACUUAAUGGGAAGGGGUUUUGUGGCAUCGGUAGCCACGAGUGUUGAUCUGCAUUGUUUCUUAUGAAGUCGUUUUAAAUGGAAUAUUCACAUACUUAUUUGCCAUGCCAAAUCUUUAGUACAAUGGAAGUACAAAGGGAGAGAACUCAAAACAAUAUUCAUAUUCUGUUUAAAACGAACUGUGCACUGUAUCUGUUUUCUUUUGCAUUAUUAACACAUGCAGCAGUUUGUUGUCUACUAUAUCGGACUGUAGUUUCUGUGCUAGUAGUGAAAAUAUGAAUGUCUCUGAUCAUAUGAAUAAAUUACGAUCGAUAAUGUAUGGAAACCAACAAAUAUCCUCUAUGUAUUCAUACAUAUUCAUGUAUUAUCCUGUCUAUGCUCGAACAUGUAUUAGUGUGUGUUUUUUUUAAUUAACAUACUCUAUUUACUACGUGAAGAAGGUGCAAUUGGUUUCUGUUUUAUACGCAAUUCUGGAUUGAGCACUGUAAGCUAUUUGUCGGACUUCUGUUGACGUAAGUUACCUCAAAAAAUUGUAAUUUUCAUUAUAGUAUCCAUAGGCGGUUCCAGGGGGGGGGGGGGGGGAGGCGUACGCCCUCUAAAAUCGCCAGAGUAAAGUCAAUUCAUUGGAUGUUUCACACUUAACUAGAUCUAAAUCACCUAUUUAAACUUGUCAGCGCCUUCAAAAUCACUAAAAAAGUCGAGCUUCCGGGGGGGGGGGGGAGGCUUCGCCCCCUUGGACCCCCAAAACUAUAAACUAUGCACGUUUUUGACAUUAUAAGAAGGUACUUUGAUGAAAGUUUAUAAGGCGUGACAUGCCCGAGAAGUGGUUGUCAAAGCCUUCAAAAUCAUUUAAAUCGUGAAGCUUCCGGGGCGGCUUCGCCCCCCCCCCCCUGGACCCCCUAAACUAUGCACUUUUUGGGCAUUAUAAGAAGGUACUUUGAUGAAAGUAUAUAAGGCGUGACAUGCUCGAGAAGUGGUUGUAAAAGCCUUCAAAAUCACUUAAAAUCGUGAAGCUUCCGGGGGGCUUCGCCCCCCUGGACCCCAUAAACUAUGCACUUUUUGGGCAUUAUAAGAAGGUACUAUGAUGAAAGUAUAUAAGGCGUGACAUGCUCGAGAAGUGGUUGUCAAAGCCUUCAAAAUCAUUAAAAUCGUGAAGCUUCCGGGGGGCUUCGCCCCCUGGACCCCCUAAACGAUAAACUAUGCACUUUUUGGGCAUGAUAAGAAGGUAUUUUAAUGAAAGUAUAUAAGGCGUGACAUGCUCUAGAAGUGGUUGUCAAAGCCUUCAAAAUCACUAAAAUCAUGGAGCUUACGGGGGGCUUCGCCCCCCCCUGGACUCCCAGCAAAUCUUUCAAUAUCCCCCUCCCCUAACCAGAAAUCCUGGAUCCGCCCCUGGUAUCUUCAUUUUGACUUACAACAUUAUUGAUUCGGCAAAACAAACACAAACAUGCGCGAAUCUCUUACUUUUACAAGAAAUGUGUUUGUAUAUAACUGGUAACUAUAAAUAAAAGUAUCUUAAAGAUA